AUAAGCCGGACUCUGUUGCAUGCAGCCCGGGUGCAGAUUCAAGAUGAAGCGCUUAACUCUGAUCGCUCUGGCCAUCACAUUCAUCGCGACAGUUUUUGCCGCAAAAUCCCCGUAUCAAGCGGUUCUUCAGCACAGCAGGAUACGAGGAAGAUCUCAAGGCCCAAAUGUUUGUGCCAUGCAGAAGGUUCAGGGAACGGACAAGAAGUACUAUACCAACUGCAAACAAUGGUAUCACCGCAAAAUCUGCGGCAAACCAACGGUGGUCAGUUAUGAGUGUUGCCCUGGCUAUGAGAGAGUUAUUGGAGAAAAGGGUUGUCCAGCAGCUCUACCUCUGGUGAACAUUUAUAAAACCUUGGGUGUGGUUGGAUCCACUACGACUAAGAUGUACUCAGAGAGAGCAAAACUUCAGGAGGAGAUUGAAGGGCCCGGCAGCUUCACAUUCUUUGCUCCCAGCAACGAGGCUUGGGCUGCACUUCCCGCUGAAAUUUUGGAUGCCUUGGUAAGCAAUGUGAACAUUGAACUCCUCAACGCUCUUCACUACCACAUGGUUAACAAACGGUUGACUUCAGAUGAUCUAAAGCACGGUGCUGCCUUUCCUUCCAUGUACCAAGACUUUGAUGUUCAUAUCCACCACUAUUCCAACGGUAUUGUGACAGUAAACUGUGCGCGGCUGGUGAAGACCGACCAGCAUGCCACCAAUGGAAUUGUGCAUGUUGUUGACAGAGUCAUCACUGCCAUUACAAACAACGUCCACUCUAUAAUUGACACAGAUGACGACCUGGAUACUCUAAGGACUGCAGUUGCUGCAGCUGGUCUCACCAGUUUGUUGGAAAAUGAAGGCACCUACACAAUCUUUGCUCCGACCAAUGAAGCCUUUGAGAAGAUUCCUCCAGAUACACUGACUAGAAUUUUGGGAGACCCCGUUGCUCUUAAAGAUCUGCUGAAUUACCACAUCCUGAAAAACCUGCACUGCUCCGAGUCCAUCGUGGCCGGUACACCUCUGGAGACCUUGCAGGGCACAGUUCUGGAGGUCGGUUGCAAUGGAGAAGGGAUGACCCUCAAUGGCAAAGCCAUCAUCACAGAAAAAGAUAAACUUGGAACCAAUGGAGUCAUUCACUACAUCAACGAACUCCUUAUUCCUGAUUCAGCCAAGACCCUACUGGAGCUUGCAGAGGGAUCAGUUGUUACUACAGCCACAAAGCUUUUGACCGAUGCCGGUCUUACCGAUCACCUUAUUGGCUCUGAGUCUGUGACCCUGUUAGCCCCACUGAACGAUGCAUUUAAAGGCAAAAGCUUGACAGUGACACCAGACAUGAAGAGACUGCUGAGGAACCACAUUCUCAAAAGCAAGUUUUCCUCCAAAGGCCUUUACCAUGGACAAGAAUUGGAAACUCUUGGUGGAUUGAAACUUAGAGUGUUUGUGUACAGAAAUAACCUGUGCAUCGAAAAUGCCUGCAUUGCCGCCCAUGACAAAAAUGGCAGAUAUGCAACUAUGUUCAUCGUUGAUAAGCUUCUGACACCCCCCAUGGGAACUGUAAUGGACGUCCUGAAGGCAGACAAUCGGUUCAGCACCUUGGUUGGCGCCAUUCAGAAAGCAGGUCUGACAGAGCUCCUGAACAAAAAAGGGACCUACACCUUCUUUGCCCCCACCAAUGCUGCAUUCAGGGCAUUACCUCCCGCUGACCUCAACAAACUCAUGAUAGGAGAUCCUAGAGAGAUGGCCAACCUUCUGAAGUACCAUAUUGGUGAUGAGUUCCUGGUCAGUGGCGCUGUGACCUCACACACCAGACUGACGCCCCUUGCAGGAGAUAAACUGGAGCUAGGCAUGUUUAACUCCACUGUAUACGUCAAUAGAGUGCCUGUGGUCGAGGGUGAUAUGAUGGCUACCAAUGGAGUUGUACAUGCUGUUGACGUAAUCGUAAAGCCAAUGCCUCCUAAAGUUUUAAGUGACCAGCCAGCCGUGUCUGAGUUCAGACGCGCCUCUGCUGUUAAGGCUGGCCCUGUGGUUAUGAAAGAUGACGAUCUCUUCCAGAAGAUCCGGAGAAGUAAGAGCAUCAGAACAGUGUCUCGUAUCCAGUAAAUGUACACCUGAGGAAGACAUUUUGAAUUUAUAUCAAUCUCCACCACUUUAAGAGGAUGCAGAUAAAAGUUUUAUUUUGCGAAGUGGAGCAAUAACUCAAAGACUAAAAAAAACACAGUCAUCAAUAUACAAAAUACAGAAUGCAGAAGAUGGAGAGGAUAUACGGUUUAGCCUUUUAAAAUUUUUAAAUGCCAAAGACCCUUGGAUGAAGAGCAGUUGUUUUAUUUCUUUUUCACAAAUUCAUAAAACACGUUUGGUAUGUUUAAAAACUUCAACUUCAGUUUUAAAUUUCAUUCUGAAUUAUUUGGAUUCACUUGUUGGUUUAGGUUUUUGUUAACAUUUUGUAUUUCUUAUUGUUUUUCCUGUGUUUGUUUGUUGUAUUUGAGCAUGUUUGCAUGGUUUACGCUGGAAGAAAUUCUGUUUGGGCAGAUCAAAAUGCAAAUCAAGUUUGUCUUCAAUUCCCGUAAUGUAAAUCCUGAUGAUACGUAACUUGUGUGGAUUAUUUGUUACAUUUUGUACUUUACCAAAGAUAUUUUGUGAGAAACCAAAGAUGCUUUUAUGCACAUUUCAUAAUAAAAUUACCAUUUUGUAGCCACACCGUAA